AUGACUCAACGUCAACGGGUCCUGUUCAUCACAAACAGCGAGCUCGGUCAAUCAACAGUAGCAUUAGCAGUAGCUCAUGAAUUUCUACUUCGGGUUGAGUACGAUGUUCACAUCGCAUCCUUUCCAGAACUCGAGAAUGCCGUCACCGAACUUAAUGAACAAACCGCUAUACUUUCCCCAAAGCCAUGCUGCAAUGCAACAUUUCACACCAUCGCUGGCAAAUCAAUGAAACAGGCAGCUGGGAGAAAGGCUGAAUUCAUUGAGAUGCAUCCACCUGGAGUCCGGGGCGCUGUCUUUGCAUACCAAAAAGUCCUUCCAGCGACAUUCGCAUCGUGGAACGGCGCGGAAUAUAUGAUCGGCUACAGUAGUUCAGUCAAAAUUAUCAACGAUGUCAGACCGAAUAUUGUUGUCAUCGACCCUCUGUUCAGUCAGGCGAUCGAUGCGUGCAAGGAAAUGGGCCAGCAAUACGUUGUCUUGAGCCCAAACACCUUCAAAGAUCACCUCAUCAAAUAUCAACCAGCGGCAGGCGCCCUUUGGAAAUAUCCACAGCUUGGUUCCGGCUUUGACUAUCCAUUUGUUUCUUGGUACACUGUUUUUGCAAACAUUUACCUCACCUUGCGCAUCAUGUUUGCGCGGCUCUCAAAUCCUCUUCUGAAAGAGGUGCUCGAGUAUCGCCGUUCUUGUGGUCUCGCCGGGAGAAUUCCCUCGAUAUUCGAGGGUUUCGGAGACGCAAACAUUGUUCUACCCUCCACUCCAGAUAUCGAACUGCCGUAUGUCGUUCCAGAGCGUAUUACCGGCUGUGGUCCGAUCCUCCCUCCGGUUGUUCCAAUCGCAAAAAGUCACCCAGAAUUAGAAGCGUGGCUACAGCGGGCGCCCACUGUAUUAGUGAACCUUGGCUCGCAUAUUAUCUUCGAUGAGCCUUUUGCUCUCAAGUUCGCUACUGCCCUAAGAGUACUUCUGGAUCGGCGGCCUGAUAUUCAAAUCCUCUGGAAACUCAAGACUCAAGGAGAGACAUGGGACAGUCUCUUCUCGAAGGAGGGAGCUUUCCAGAUCAUUGCCAAGGAGAUUGCUGAUGGUCGUGUGCGGAUCGAGAAAUGGCUCGCCGCACAACCCAUUGCCAUCCUUCGAAUUCCCACCGUUGUGUGCAUGGUGCACCAUGGCGGAUCUAAUUCUUAUCACGAAGCUAUCAGUGCGGGUGUUCCACAGAUUGUCCUUCCUGUAUGGAUCGACACAUACGAUUUCUCAACUCGGGUGGAGUAUUUGGGAAUCGGAGUCUGGGGAAGCCGAACAGCUGCCCCUAAAGUCGACGCUGACGAGCUCUCAAAAGCGUUCAUUAGGGUCCUCGCUAGCGACGAGACUACCGGCAUGCAAGAGAAGGCAAAGGCGAUUUCUCUGCCAUUUAGCAAAACUGAGGGGCGAACUGUUGCAUGUGAAAAGAUCGUUGAGCUCAUGAAAUGCUAG